AUGGGAGCUUCUUGCCAGCCGGUAGGACCGGCCAUGCUUGUGUGCAAUGCCGACAGAGUUAAAUGCAGCUUCGAUGAAGAGGUCAAGGAUCCACGACACUACCCAUAUCUCCGUCUACGAUCGUCUAAAUCACCCCCUAUUCGACGAGAGAGGACCUUUGCAGAGAAUGAGCCCGAAGACGUUGGGUUGAUGGGCCAGAUAUCGUCACCCUUAAGCCCCUUACAGGGUGAACCGAUAUCCAUAUCAUUACCGGCGGGCCUUGCCAGAGAGCCGACUUCCUCAAACGAUGACGGGCUGCCGCAGCAAGUGGAAAUGCUGAAAUCACGGCUUGCAGAUCUAGAGAAACGUUUUACUAACACUCAACACGACCGUUCUGACAGCAUAAACACCCCGCGGUCUCUGGCUGCCGCCUCCCUUCAAAGACCUUCUGAGCUUUCUGAGUCACAUGGGAAUUAUCGGUCGUCUCCUACAAAUUAUAUCAACGUGGGAUCCUUCUCCAAUUCUGAUAGCCACAGCUUGUGUAGCCCACAAGCUCCUGCUAUCACCGAUGGACCCUUGAAAACACUCAAUAACUUCCAAGAGGAUGAAACGGUCGAGGUCGAGUCGCAUGACCCUAUUACGAGAUCGAUUAUAACGGAAGGGGAGGCAUAUGAAGAGGCUUACCCUGACAGCUAUUUUUCGAGCUGUCAUCCGAAUGCGCCAUUCCUCGAUAUUGGCUUCGAUUCGGAUGUUGAAAGACUUCGUUCCGACAGUACGCUGCUCUUCCUUGCUAUACUAUCUAUCGGCGCACGUUUCUGGAGUGCCUCGUCCAAGACCAUGUGCUGGCUACACCCUCGAUAUGCCGACACCGUUCGUCUUCUUGAUGCGGAGCUGAUGCGAGUCACAUUGCGACCCAGACCGGACGACCAGAAGUUAGAAACCGUUCAAGCACUUCUUCUCUGCGCACACUGGAUGCCAUUUGAUGUCUAUGAUACGGGAAGACGAUACAGAUCUAGAUUUUCCGAAAUGGGUGCAUGGCAAUGUCUGGGCCUCGCACUAUCUGCCCGACGGCCAUCUUACCUUAAUCCUACUCCACUGAAAGAAGUACUGGAGAAUUUCCUACAUGCCGAUUUUGUUCAGGCUACAGACAUUCGGCUGGCAUCUCUUUUCAAAGUGGCCUGUGGUGCCCACUCCACCGGGUGCCGACCAUCAACUAUCGAGAGCGUGGAGGCGUUUGACAAAGACGUGCAAUUGAUUGAGCAACAAUUCCUGUUGAAUCUAGGAAACAGGUCAAUAGAUACCCUGAGCCAACAUUUUCCAUUCACCUCACUACGAUGGUAUCGGCUCUCAUACGUUUGCGCAUUCCUCGACGCUACCGAUAUAACUCAACGAACAGGGGAAGCCUUGACUUGGGCAAUUGAGUGGGCUAGCCAGAUUCUUUUCCACCUAUCAAGACCGCGCUAUACGAGGGUCGAUAACGAACUGCCGGAUAAUAUUCAAUUGGAGCCUGAUCCAAGUGUCGUUGACGUGAUGUCUUUUGCGAUUGAUCAUUACUUCGUUGUUAUUGCCUAUGCCUCAUUUGUGCUGGUGAAUAGCUGGCUGAGUAACUUGAUGGACUUCAAUCUCCGACCACAUGUUACCAGAUCAGAUGGGGCCUUAAGUGAAACGGCCUCAACGUCUCUGCUCUACCGUCUUGUUGACGUCGCAGCUCGUACCCUCGAAGCAGCCAGUCCCCCCGAAGGCCAUCUUGCCCGCCGAUAUGUCCCCCUGCUACACGGAAUGGCGGGAAUAAUCUCUUCUAGCGAAACACAGAUACAUAAUCCCAAUUGCGAGAGUGUGAGCAUGGGUACCGGCAGUCUGGAUCUAUCGGAGCCACUGCAAAGUAAUUUGGGGGGAGACUUAUGGGAAAUGUGGCAACAAGCGGGGCUAGAACCUAUUAUCUGGCCGGGGCCCCUGGAUGGGGUUUACGACGCACGAGCAUGA